GGGUAGCUUCACGAGCACAGUGAGGCGUGGAACGCAAAAGCUAUGUUGUCAUUGGUUGGCGGCUGUGAAGGUUUUGUGACGUCAGCUUCCUGGUCAUAGCAAAGUGGGGAGCAGUAGCGGAGAGUGUGUACGAACUCUACAGUAAGAUGGAUAGAAGUGGCACAUCACCACCAUCAGUGAUAAAUGAGCUAAAUCUGAGAAGCAGCGUUUCUUCUUCGGGUGCACGAUCCGUUGAUGUGAUUGUAUACCUGGUAAAUGAUGAUGCCAUCCCACUUACAGUGGAUGGACUUUCGGCCACAACAGCACAUGAGUUACACAGGAAAGUUCUUGAAAUUCUCCAUCUCUCUGAUGUUGCUCAGGAAGUGUUUGCUUUGUGGCUUAUUUCCCCAUUUUUAGAGGUACAGCUCAAACCAAAACAUCAUCCCUACAAAGUCUGUAGACAAUGGCAUGAUCUACUGGCACGUUUCACAAAUUGUACACUAGAAGACAUUCACCAUGAUGAACCAACACUCCAGUUUCGCAGAAAUAUUUUCUUUCCCAAAAGUAGAGAACUCCAGAUUUCUGAAGAGGGAAUAUUGCGUCUGCUGUAUGAGGAGGCAAAAUACAAUGUUCUGGAGGGCAGGUACCCAUGUGAUAUAGAGGACUGUGAACUAUUGGGUGGUCUGUCUUGCUGUUUGGAGCUGGGACCAUACAGACAAGAAAAACAUACACCCUCUACACUAAGGCCAAAGCUGGAGUCCUUUCUUCCUUCAUAUAUAUGCAAGAAGAAGAUGGGGAUAAUGACUGCAUUUAGGAAUAGAGGAAAUCGACAAGCAAGUUUUGAAGAGACUCUGGUGAAUACAUAUAGAGCAGCUACAGAAAAUGUUACAUCUGAAGAUGGGGAUGUAACUACCUGCAGAGAGUAUCUGAAGAAGUGCCAUGAGCUGCCUUACUAUGGAUGUGCUUUUUUCCAUGGAGAAGUGGACAAGCCCUCUCAAAGUUUCCUCAACAGGAAUGGGCGUAAAACUGUGUCAGUAGCUAUUAAUAUGGAAGGUGUUUCUGUCAUAGACCGCAAGGAAAAGCAUGUCCUUCUGAGUUUAAAAUUUGCAGAGCUGUCCUGGGAUCACACAUUUCCUGAUGAGAAAGAACACAUUCUGUGGCUUGAAUUUGAUGGAGACAAUGAAGGAGCACCAGUAAAUAAAUUGCUGAAAAUAUAUUCUAAGCAGGCGGAGUUGAUGAGUGGGUUGAUUGAGUAUUGCAUUGAGCUCAGUCAAGGUAUUGACUUGCCAUCUCCAGACACUGUUCAUGGGAAUUCACAAGUUUCUGAGAAACGCACCAAGCUACGCAGACAGGAAAGUGUCUUGUGUAAUCGCAUUAAAAGCCUUACAACAAUAGAUUAUGUUGAUGACGGUACUGAAAUUAAACGUGUAAAGCCUAAAAGAGCUGCAUCAUUUUUCACUCGGCAGUCUACUCAUGGCUAUGCCUCUGUGCAGCCUGCAGAUACCCACACACAGAGCUGACCUCUGCUGUGGUACAUUGCAAAGCCAAAGACCAAAUAGACUUCUGAAGCACUGAACCUUUAAUAUUCACUGUAUGGACCAAGCCAAAAAUUGAGAACUUUAACAAAUGUGCCUUAUGAUUUCACUUCCAUGUCCUAAGGGAUGGACCUUCAAGGUUGCCAGGAUUUAGCACUUAGUCUGGAAAAUUACUAGUUAACAUUAUCCAUUUUAGAAAGUGCCUUUAUUUCUUUAAAGCAAAAACACCUGUCCUGUGACCCACUGUAUAAUUGUGUUUAUUAUAGACUUAGUGUUUUUGUGUCAAACACAAAUUAUUUCCCAGUACAAUGAAAGGAUUUGAAGAGAAUCUAUACUGAGAAUGUAUAGGCCAACAAAUCAUGAACAUAAUUUGGCUUAUACAUGUAGGUAUUUGUGUGAUCUGGUACACUAAUCUUUUUAUAUGUAAAAGUAACCUAUUCACUUGAUUCUAAAAUGCAGCUGCAGUACACUGAUGCUUUUCAUAUAAAAAAAAAUACUAAAAUAAACUGCUCUCUACUGCUGCAGUAUUUGAGGGUUGUCUGUUUUACCAAUAUAGCUUGCUUUUUACAUAUCUCAAUAUGUAUACAGUGCUUUAUUAAAGGUGUUUUUCUGAGUUCUGAAAGCAAACAUUAGCUAAAGAGGGUAAAUGCUAUAUAAUUACAAAUGAAGCAUUAUUCAUCUCUACUAGUACUGUAUUUACUUGGCUCACACAGUCCUAACCACAAAUAAUCCCUAGAGUCUGUGGUGCCAAGUACAAAGAUGGCAAGUCCAUUCUUUUGGCAACAGAAUAUCAGCACUGUGCAGUGGAUUUUCAUUGUCGGCAAUGGGACUCUCUUGCAGCAGAAUUUCAAAACUGAAUCCUGCUCAGAAAUUCUGUACUGUAAACCAGGCCUAAAUGUGACUACCUUUGGUGGGGAUGAGAUGUACACCUUGACAAUAGGAUCCCAUGGUGUGGAUAGUACAUGCCAACAAAACCCCUCUGCCCACAGUGGCCAACUGUGCAGCCACUGGCAACCACAUAUGGACAAAGUUACGUCUGCAAAUUCUAUCCACAUUGUAAUGCAGGGGGGUUGUCAUAAGAUGUGAACCCUAAACAUAAUUACUGCUGGGGGGGAUAUGAGAUAUGAUCCCUGAAUGUGUAUAUUGACGGGGAGGGAGUUGGCUCUGAUAAACAUUCCACUCACAAGGCAAGUGUUGCAAAAAGAAGCUCACCAGAAAGAAGCACAAGACCAUUGAAGGCCAUUACAGAGUGCUGCUGUCUUCUGCCAUGAUAAGCCUAUGGCUGUCUGAGCAUGAUGGAAGUUGAACUUUUACAAAAGCUGCAGAGCCACAAGUUUUUGUUUUUGUUUUGUUUUUAUUACAGGAAAAAUGAAAAAGCUUGUAAGAAGAUUUUUUUUAUUUUUAAAUAAAAUAGUUAUUGAGGGGUAUAGGGGUGU